CCAUGUUGCUCUUGCGAAAAGGGAAGUGAGAUGUUGUUGAACGUCGUGUUAGUUACUUGUCAAACGUAUUAGUCUUGUUUAGCCUUUACUUGUGGUCUUUUAAGUUAUAUAUUCAUUUAAACAUUAACAUUGUUAGUUUAUCACAAAACGGACUCGGAGAUGAUAUAAAUGCAAGCAGAAAUGCUUUUUGACAAGUAACUUUUUAACACUUUGGCGUAGGAAAAGACGGACACGAUGCGUUUUGCCGUUCCCGCGAGUCGGAUUUUCUUUAUUCUGUUGUUCCACGCAGUUUGUUACGCAAUAAACAGACUAGAACCAACAGAAACGGACUUGACGUGCUUUAAUGACUAUGAUAACGAAAUGAAAUGCCAUCUUUCCUCGGAGAGUUGCUCUGAAUACAAGCUACACGUUACCCAUCAUCCAGGAGGAGAUUCAAAAGAAUAUGCAUGCACUUUUAAAACUACUGGCAUUGCCACUGACUGUGAAUGCAAGGUAAAAGUCAUGGGAUUCGUAAUCAGUGAGAUCUUCAAUACUGCUCUUCUGAAAGGAGGGAAUGUCUUAUUCGCAAAAGAACUGGAAACUGCAACGUUUCUUAAACCCAAAACUCCAGUCUUAAAAGUUCAGAAGACUGAAAAUGGAAACUUUAAAGUAACUUGGGAUGCAAUGUAUGAGAAUAAAAAAAGUUUUGUGGACCUGUUAAAAAUCAAACUGCAUGUAAUCACAGGAAAAGAACAGAAGGAAUCUCUGGAGGCGCUGAAUACUGUGGGAUUCAUUGAAAUUAUUAGUAGUAAUCUUGAUCCAAAAACCAGUUACAAUUUGACAGCAACCAUGAGCACGAAAUAUAAUAAUUAUAUGAUAGAAAGUGAUGAAAGUAAACCACUUGCGUUUACCACACCCGCAUCACCAAAUGAAAAGCUGAAAAUAAUUCCAGUUGUCUGUGUUGCUUUGAUCGCUCUUAUAUUCAUUAUCUCCAUCAUGGUAUUCAGCAUCAAGAGAAAAUGGUGGGACAGGAUUUCCAAGCCCAAAAUUAAUCCUGACUUUGAUCCUGAACGGAAAAUCAACACGAUGAGUCCUUCCAUCCUGACAAUCUCUCCUAUCCAGGCUAACGUCCUAAACUCUGAUCUCAAUAAGCAAAAGAAAUGGACUUUUUCACCGGUAGAUACAAAGAGUGAAAAAAGUUCAAUAAGUGUGGAUUCUGCAGCAGGGGAUUAUGGGAAGGCAGGCAUGCUUGCCUGGGAAGAGUACGACAUACUCAAACGCACCGAGCGUGAGCUAAACCAGAUUUUUGCUGAAAUCUUUGGGGACCGAAAAUGUUUAAUGUCGUCAACCUACAGUAAGCUACCUGUGGUGACUGAAAACCAUCUUGGUAGCAGUUCCCAAAGACAACGCAACAAUAAUAACAGAGACUCAGGGAAUUGCUCUGGGUCAUCGUUUUUCAGCAACUUGGCUUAUGCUAAAUCACCACCAGACAGCUCUGAGUUAAGCGAACAACAGAAUAGUGAGACCAUUUACAUGAAUGCAAGCACCAUUAACAGAGAUAACCACCCAGUCGGCUCAGACAUUGGCAAGACCCAGUCUGACAAAUUUAUUAUCUCCAAAAAUCCAAUGUAUCCUGCAACUUGCAACAUGAUUUUUUGUGAUUGUGAAUAUCAAGAUACGCGCACAACACAGCAGUGGAACUCGACCACCAGUACUGAAGUAGGAUUUGGCAACUGUGGAGCAAGGAAAGUAGCACCCCCAAUCCAGCUAUAUUCUUUUAGUCCUGAUUUAGAUAUCAACCACACCAUUGAACUCAUUGAUUCAUAUCACACUGUCUAACUGCGAUGUACAAACAAACUGUGUUACGUGCUGGAAACAUGUUAUUUUUGUAUGGCUAUUAUGCUUCCAAUGAGUUACUAUGAAUCAUUUAUUUGAAUGUACAGUAUGACCUUUGAUAACAACCGUGCUGUUUCUAAUCCUUGUUUAGACACCAUGUAUUACUUUUACUUUUUCACAAUGUUUCAAGUUUAAUACAAUUUGACAAUGUUUUCCUUUUUACACAAAAAUUAACAGAUACAUUUUGAAUGCAGAAUAACUUGCUCAUCUAAGUUAAGAUGCAAGUGGUUGUUAGGGGAGAGUAUUUGAAAAUGGCAAAGACUUGUGACUGAUAAUGACUUUCCAUUAAAUAGUACUUUAGGUAUUACUUCUUUAUUCAAAAUUUCAGGCUAACCACUGCAUUUCAACACAUUUUAAGAACUUAAAUAGCUUUCCUGUAGCUUGGUUGAAAGAGCAAGGUUGUGGGUUCGAUCCCAGGGAAUUGCACAUAACUAGGUACAAAUGUAUAGGUUAAUGCACUGUAAGUUGCUUCGAUUAAAAGCGUCUGCAAAAUGCAUUAAUGUAAAUGUAAAUAUUCACAAUAAAAGCAAUGCAAAUGA